ACUCAAGAUGUCGAUGAAUAACGAGGCCUUGCAGAAGGUCUUCCAAGAAAUCUCUCAAAAGAAAGCAUUCGCCGAACAACAACUCGUCAUCGUGCGCCAGCAAAAAGUCGCGCGCACGCGAGAAGGCCGCAUGCUGCAAUUAACUGCAUCCGAAGUAUCGUCACUACCGUCUGAUACAAAGGUGUAUGAGGGCGUUGGGAAAAUGUUUGUGUGCACGCCGAUUCCAGAUGUGCAGAACAGGCUCAAGGCGGAGAGUGAGGCAUUGACGAAGGAGAUGGCCAAUCUGGAGAAGAAGGAGGAUUAUUUGGAGAAGACGUAUACAAAUAGCAAGAAUAGCUUGGAGCAGGUGUUGAAGGGGGCGAGCUGAGCGGUGGGGUUUGGAAAGCGGCAACAGCAGGAACAACGAAAUGUGAAACUGAUACUGGGAGAAGCUAGAAAGGCUUUCCCUGGGUAUAUCAUGUGGACUCCUGGUGAAGAUAGCGGGCUCUACCAGACGGCAUGAUACGUAGGAAUACGCCAAACAUUACAAACAAAAGCAGCAUAGAAUAUGUACGUGUGUGAAAAUGCACAUUGAAGGCUUUUAGUCUUUGCUUGCUAC